AUGGCAAAGGAACAACCUCAGCGGAGAGAAGUGGCAUGGACACCUCUGUGGAACAGAAUAACAGAGUCAAACACAAAGAUUAAACUCACGAAGUGUGGAAAGAUUACCCUGGGUGUCAUAAUGAUGGUGAUUGCUGCAGUAGUCAUUGGACUCAUUGUCUAUUUUGUCUCUGAUGGGAAGACACCUUUCUAUUAUCACAUCAGCUUUAAGGUCAACAACAUUGACUAUGACAGCAAGUUUGAAAAACCAUAUUCAAAAGAAUAUAUGGACUUAAACAAAAAGAUAGUAUCUUUGAUAAAUGAAACAUUUCACGGAUCCAGACUGAGAAGACAGUAUGUCAAAUCUCAUGUUGUCCAAGUAAGCCGAGCCAAAGGGAAAGUGAUAAUACACGCUGUGCUGAAGUUUAAAUCCUGUUAUAAAAAUAAUACAGGAAAAUUUUGGGAUAGGAUCGAAACCAUUUUACACCAGAAGCUAACAGGUGAAACUGGAUCUUUAUGUAUAGAUCCUUCCUCGUUUAAAUUUUCAGAUAUUGAAAUGCCGACUGCAGAAAAUCUUCUCAAUACCUGUUGUGGACGUCGCACAGUAACUCCCUCUGGCAACAAAGUAGCUGGGGGCCUGAAUGCCGAAGAAGGGGAAUGGCCCUGGCAAGCUAGCCUUCAACAAAACAGUGUCCAUCGAUGUGGAGCCACUCUGAUUAGUAACAGCUGGCUUGUCACUGCUGCUCACUGUUUCAUAAUGGCCACUGAUCCCAAAGAAUGGAAUGUUAGUUUUGGGCUUCUUUUAAGUGAUCCACAGUCACAGCGAAGUAUCAAGGAUAUUAUAAUUCAUGAAAAAUACCAUUACCCCGCACACGAUAAUGACAUUGCUGUUGUGCAUCUGUCAUCACCAGUAUUAUACACAGGCAACAUCCGAAGAGCAUGUCUUCCAGAAGCUACUUAUACAUUCCCACCUAAUUCAGAAGUGGUGGUCACUGGAUGGGGAACAUUAAAGUCUAAUGGAAAAAGUCCUAAUAUACUCCAAAAGGGGUCAGUGAAGAUUAUAGAUGAUAAGACCUGUAACAGUGGAGAUGUAUACGGUGGAGUCAUCACACCUGGAAUGCUGUGUGCCGGGUUCCUAAAGGGACGUGUGGAUGCCUGCCAGGGAGACUCUGGUGGACCACUGGUUAGUGCAGAUUCUAAUGGCAUCUGGUUUCUUGCUGGUAUUGUAAGCUGGGGAGAUGAAUGUGCUCUUCCAAACAAGCCUGGUGUCUACACUCGAGUAACAUACUAUCGAGACUGGAUUAUGUCCAAAACCGGUCUCUAG